AUGCUCGGGACUACUGCUACGGUCACACGAGCGGCGCGACCAUCCGCACGCACCGCCGCGACCUCUGCUCUUCGCACGAGCAAGUUGACAUCUCCGGCUUCGUCGACUCGACUCUUCUCCUCCUCGCCGCGCUGGGACAAGCAGAAGCUCGUGAUCUUGGGUUCAGGAUGGGGCGGCUACGAGGUCCUCCGAAAGGUGGACAAGAAGCGCUACGACGUGACGGUCAUCUCGCCGAACUCGUACUUCGCUUUCACGCCUCUACUGGCGAGCGCGUCCGUCGGCACUAUCGACUACAACUCCGCCCUCGAGCCAGUCCGGCGCUUCCAUGACAUUACCUACUACCAAGCCUGGGCGGACAAAGUCGACUUCGCCCGAAAACAGCUCGUCUGCAUGCCCGCGACCGGUUCGAGCACGCGCAAACGCAUCAACGCCUCCAUCUCCGACGCUACCGACAGCUCCGUCCAGCCCACUGCCUCCUUUCCCGGCUACAAGCCCUUCGAGAUCUCCUACGACAAGCUCGUGAUCGCUGUCGGUUGUUACUCGGCGACGUUUGGCAUUCCUGGCGUUUCUGCCAACGGGUAUUUCCUCAAGGACAUCCGGGACUCGAAUAAGAUCCGCUCCCGAAUCCUCGAGUGCUUCGAGCUCGCGAGUCAGCCGACAGUGACGGACGUCGAGCGGCGAAACCUCCUCUCCUUUGCGAUUGUUGGCGGUGGACCGACAGGCGUCGAAUUUGCGGGCGAGCUGCACGACCUGACAACGACUGAGCUAGCCAAAGCCUACCCCAAGCUCUCUCUACUAGUAAACAUCACGAUCUACGACGUCGCGCCCGGCAUCCUCGGCUCGUUCGACAAGAGUCUCGCCGAGUACGCGACAGCCAAGUUCGUGCGAGAGGGGAUCCAGAUCAAGGGCUCGAGGCAUGUCACAGCGGUGCAUGAGGGGUAUCUGGAGAUCAAGGAGGAGGGCAAAGUCCCGUUCGGUUUGCUCGUUUGGAACACCGGCCUUGCCCCGAACCCCCUCAUUCAGUCGAUCAAAGACUUGCAGAAGGACGAGAAGACUCAGAGUCUGAAGAUCAGCGACACUUUCAACCCGGUGACGAACGAGGGGAAGGAGCUCAAGGACGUGUUUGUCAUUGGGGACGCGAGCGCGCUAAAGGAGAAGCUGCCGGCGACUGCUCAGGUCGCCUCGCAGGAAGCGCACUGGCUGUCGAAGAUCCUCAACGCCGACGCGCGAGGACAGGAUCCUCCCGGCGGCUUCACUUUCCACAACCGCGGCACCAUGGCAUACCUCGGGGACUGGUCCGCCAUCCUCGACCGGAGCCAAGUCAAGGAAGGCCCGAAAGGCGAGUUGACAGGCCGAACAGCAUGGCUCGCCUGGCGCUCGGCGUACUGGCUUCAAGCGCUGUCGUUCCGCAACCGCGUGUCGCUGGCUUACCACUGGUUCGCGACCUGGCUGGGCGGACGGAGGCUCUCGAGGUUUUGA